GAAUCCUCGUUCACUCGAAUGAGUCAGUCAAUUCGUUCGGCUCGGCCGCGAACGACCCAUACAGCUAGUGGGCAAGGCUGCUGCGAGGUUUACAGCACACAGCAGAAGCGAAAAAAGGCUAAAAGGUCACCGGUGAACCGUGUGGGGCCAUGCUAAAGUUCAUAACUAGUUGAUCAUUCAACGCCGGGGUGAGAGCUGUCAAACUGCACGGAAGACCAUGAGCGGGAAUCGAGAUCUCAGUUUCGAUCCUAAAGAGCACCAGCAUCUGCGUUACAACCCGCUGAGAGACAGCUGGGUCCUGGUUUCGGCUCACCGGAUGAAGAGACCCUGGGCUGGGCAGGUAGAAAAACCCUCUGAAGAGCACGUACCCAGAUAUGAUCCCCGCAACCCUCUCUGUCCUGGCAACACAAGAGCAAACGGAGAGGUAAAUCCAAGCUAUGACAGCACCUUUGUGUUUGAAAACGACUUCCCUGCUCUUCAGUCGGAUGCUCCAGAUCCUGGCCCGGAUCAACAUCCACUGUUCCAGUCGAAGGCUGCAAGAGGUGUUUGUAAGGUGAUGUGUUUCCACCCCUGGUCUGACGUCACCCUCCCUCUGAUGAAAAAAGAAGAGGUUGUCAAAGUGAUCGAUAAGUGGGCUGAGCUUUUGGAUGAACUGGGUGCUACAUACCCAUGGGUUCAGAUCUUUGAAAAUAAGGGGGCUAUGAUGGGUUGUUCGAAUCCCCACCCUCACUGCCAGGUGUGGGCCAGCAACUUCCUGCCCAACGAGCCGGCUCUGUCAGACCGCUGCCAAAGAGCGUACUAUGAGAAACACGGAGAGCCGCUGCUGGUGCAGUACGCCAAACAAGAAGCAGAGAAAAAGGAGCGUGUGGUGGUGGAGAAUUCUGAUUGGUUGGUGGUGGUCCCGUACUGGGCAACGUGGCCCUACCAGACAUUGCUGUUGCCACAACGACACGUCCUCAGAAUCAAUGAACUGACAGCGGGGGAGAGAGAGAGUCUGGCAGCCAUCAUGAAGCAACUGCUGACUAAGUACGACAACCUCUUUGAAAUCUCUUUCCCGUACUCAAUGGGCUGGCACGGAGCCCCAACUGGCCUUCAUCUAAAAGAAGACAACUCCCACUGGCAACUUCACGCACAUUACUAUCCCCCUCUGCUGCGUUCAGCCACAGUUAAAAAGUUCAUGGUGGGGUACGAGAUGCUCGCCCAGGAGCAAAGGGAUCUAACUCCAGAACAGGCUGCUCAGAAGUUAAGAAAUCUUCCAGAAGAUCACUAUAAAACAAGAGAGAGCCAUGAAAAAGAAGAAAAGAAGAAAUGAAACAAUCCACUAUGUUCUUGAUGGAGGUCUGCAGAUUUUGGACAGAUUAUGUCUGAACACUAAUAAUGACAGCACAUACAUCUAAAACUAAUGUUAAUCGAGUCUCCUCUGUUGUCGUCGUCUGCACACACACAGUCGUGAAGAUUCAGGCUUGACAACAGAACAGAAUUCUGCCAGGAGCUUUCCAUUCAUGACAAAAAGCAAAUUCUUUGCUCAGAAGUACAAAACUUGCUAAAUUGAAAGUCAGUUUUUGCUAACACACUGCUUAGUAUGCAUUUAAACCCCACUACAGGUAUUAAAAAACUAAAAUUAAUAAUGACUCUUCUGUGUGUUUUAACUGCUGUUAAAGGAAGACUUGAAAUAUGACCUAUUUUAAGUAUUGUUUCUGCUGGGAUUAUGAACUUGGAAUAAAAUUAUAUGAAACCUA